UGGGCCCGUAACUUUCGAUACUGAUUCAUUCAUAAGAAAAACCUAUUUCCGCGAAAAGCGUACUGCAUAAUAGGGCCCCACGAACAAAUUAUUGUAACCAAUUUGUUUGAAAAAAUUAAAUUUAUAGCUUUCUGCAAUCCAAGUCCGUCUUAGCAAUUUGCUUCUCUCUUUUCGCUCUCUGUGUCUCUGUGUCUCUGUCUCUGUCUUUGUCUCUGUCUCUGAGGAAGACUUUCCGCUCCCGAUCCGUAAUCGUACGGUCUCUCUAAGUCACUUUUUUCAGAUACAAUACAGCGAUGGAAGUUACCCAGGUGCUUCUGAAUGCUCAAGCUAUAGAUGGAACCGUGCGGAAGCAUGCUGAAGAAAGUUUGAAACAGUUUCAGGAGCAAGAUCUUCCAUUGUUCUUGUUAUCUCUUUCUAGAGAGCUAGCAAAUGAAGAGAGACCUGUUGAGAGCCGCAAAUUAGCAGGUCUUAUACUUAAGAAUGCCCUGGAUGCUAAAGAACAACAUAGAAAGUUGGAUCUUGUUCAAAGAUGGCUGGCACUGGAAACUUCUGUGAAAACCCAGAUUAAGAUGUGCUUGUUACAGACCCUCUCUUCCCCUGUAUCAGAUGCCCGUUCAACUACCUCUCAAGUUAUUGCAAAGGUUGCAGGAAUUGAGCUCCCCCAGAAACAAUGGCCAGAACUGAUUGUAUCAUUGUUGUCAAAUAUUCACCAGUUACCAGCUCAUGUAAAGCAAGCCACUUUAGAGACUCUUGGGUAUUUGUGUGAGGAAGUCUCUCCCGAUGUCGUGGAUCAAGAUCAAGUAAAUAAAAUACUGACAGCUGUAGUUCAGGGUAUGAACACAUCUGAAGGGAACAAUGAUGUUAGACUUGCUGCCACCCGAGCACUGUACAAUGCUUUGGGUUUUGCUCAGGCCAAUUUUAGCAAUGAUAUGGAACGUGAUUAUAUAAUGAGAGUUGUGUGUGAGGCAACUUUGUCAUCUGAAGUGAAGAUACGACAGGCAGCUUUUGAGUGUUUAGUCUCCAUUUCUUCAACUUACUACGAGAAAUUAGCCCCUUACAUGCAAGACAUCUUUACCAUCACAGCAAAAGCUGUUAGGGAAGACCAGGAACCUGUUGCCCUUCAAGCCAUUGAGUUCUGGAGUUCGAUUUGUGAUGAGGAGAUAGAUAUAUUGGAAGAUUAUGCGGGUGAUUUUAGUGGGGACUCUGAUAUCCCUUGCUUUUACUUUAUCAAGCAGGCACUCCCUGCCCUUGUCCCGAUGCUUUUGGAGACUCUUCUUAAGCAGGAAGAGGACCAGGAUCAGGAAGAUGGGGCUUGGAAUAUUGCUAUGGCUGGGGGCACAUGCCUUGGGUUGGUUGCUCGGACAGUGGGAGAUGAUAUUGUUCCUCUUGUUAUGCCAUUCAUCGAAGAGAACAUAACAAAACCAGAUUGGAGACAAAGGGAAGCAGCUACGUAUGCCUUUGGUUCCAUCUUGGAGGGUCCUUCGGCUAACAAGUUAACACCUAUUGUUAAUGUUGCUUUGACGUUCAUGCUCAGUGCUUUAACAAAGGACCUGAACAACCAUGUGAAGGACACUACUGCCUGGACACUGGGAAGGAUUUUCGAGUUCCUUCAUGGUUCAACUAUGGAUACGCCCAUAAUUACCCCAGCAAACUGCCAACAGAUCAUCACAGUUCUUCUUCAGAGCAUGAAGGAUGUUCCAAAUGUUGCUGAGAAGGCCUGUGGUGCUCUCUAUUUUCUGGCCCAGGGUUAUGAGGAUUUCGGCCCAUCACCUCCCUUAGCUCCUUUUUUCCAGGAAAUUGUACAGGCUCUACUCACUGUUACUCACAGAGCAGAUGCUGGGGAAUCACGAUUGAGGACUGCUGCAUAUGAAGCGUUGAAUGAAGUUGUAAGGUGUUCGUCUGAAGAGACUGCCCCCAUGGUGUUGCAACUUGUUCCUGUUAUCAUGAUUGAACUGCACAAGACUCUUGAGGGCCAGAAGGUUGCUUCUGAUGAGAUAGAGAGGCAGAGUGAAUUGCAAGGACUUCUUUGUGGGUGCUUACAGGUCAUUAUUCAGAAACUAGGCUCAUCAGAGCCAACUAAAUAUGUUUUUAUGCAGUAUGCGGAUCAGAUAAUGGGACUUUUCUUGAGGGUAUUUGCCUGUAGAAGUGCUACUGUCCAUGAAGAGGCCAUGCUUGCCAUUGGGGCCCUUGCAUACACAACUGGCCCAGAUUUUGCAAAAUACAUGCCAGAGUUUUACAAGUAUCUGGAAAUGGGGCUUCAAAAUUUUGAGGAGUACCAAAUCUGUGCUGUCACAGUUGGUGUGGUAGGGGAUAUUUGUAGAGCAAUUGAAGAUAAGGUUCUACCUUAUUGUGAUGGAAUUAUGACCCAGCUUCUCAAGGAUCUAUCAAGCAACCAGUUGCACCGCUCUGUAAAGCCUCCUAUAUUCUCCUGCUUCGGUGAUAUAGCUCUUGCAAUAGGAGAUAACUUCGAGAAGUACCUGAUGUAUGCCAUGCCAAUGAUCCAGAGUGCUGCAGAGAUGUCUGUCCACACAGCAGGUGCUGACGAUGAAAUGACAGAGUACACCAAUUCUCUGAGAAAUGGAAUAUUGGAGGCAUACUCUGGGAUUUUCCAAGGUUUCAAGAACUCCCCAAAAACCCAGCUCCUGAUAUCUUAUGCUCCUCACAUCCUGCAGUUCUUGGAUAGCAUAUACAUGGGGAAAGACAUGGAUGAAGUGGUGAUGAAAACAGCCAUUGGUGUCCUUGGAGAUCUAGCAGAUACACUGGGAAGCAAUGCAGGUUCUUUGAUACAGCAAUCUCAGUCAUGCAGAGACUUUUUAAAUGAAUGUUUGUCUUCAGAAGACAAUUUGAUAAAAGAAUCUGCAGAAUGGGCCAAGUCGGCCAUCAGUCGUGCCAUUUCUGUUUGAGGCUACUGCCACUUGUUAUAUUCCAUUUGUUUGGAAGUCCCUGCAUGCAUUUGGGUGUGUUGAGUUGGGUCAUAGGAUUGCAUGUGUCAAGUCAUCGCCAUUUUCAGACAACAGAAGCUGUCAGUAGUCUUCAAGUUGUCACUAACUUGCAUCAUCUCCAAAAGUUGUGACUAACAAUUGCAUCAGCCCCUCAGGCUUUGGGUGGUGAGUGUCACAGAAGCGGGUCAAGGCCUGCAAUAAAAAUUAACAAAAUUCUGUGUGUCACAGAAUAUGUGGGGCAUCGGAGGAAGGUCAGAGACGUUCAUGAGCGUCAGUUUUCUGAGUCACCGAGGUUAAUUGCUGUUUGAAAGCUAAACAAAAUCUUGUUAACCUUUUCCACCACCCCGUGGUGAUUUCCUCCCAGAGAGAUUGGGGUGAGAACAGAUGAGUAAUGCCUAAUGUUGUCGGGGUACUGACGUCUUAUCACUACCCUCAGCAGCAUAUUCCUGAAAAAUCCUCCGUAGCAGGUCUUCAUUCCUUGAAUUCAGUCAGCUCCUCCUUUUGUUCCGUGUUUGCAUAUUCGCCAUCUUUUUACUUGUCCUAGCCAGUGCGUAUUCCUGAGCAUCUCCGUAUCAAGUCUCCACUGUUUUCAGUUCUCUCAAGAGUUGAGCAUUAGCAUGAGCUAUUUUGGAAACGCAGAUCUUACAUUUGCAUUAGCCAGUUUUCAUUUUUCAUCUUUGUUAGGAGGUUGUGUUAGCUCAUAUUGUCCAAUACUAUGCAUUCAUGAAAUCAUUUGUUAUGUCGCUUUUUGAAAGACAGGGUUUUCUUUUUUGCUUGGGGAACAUGUAAUCAUAUAUGUUUUUGUUUAUUCUCUUUUGGGAAGUUGUUUAUCAUUAAACAUCACAAAUUGUGAUGGCAUAGGGAGGAAUGGAGCAUGAUAUUAUUUGUUGGAAGAGGCCUUGUAUUUGUUUA